UAGAUUGCAUUUGCCUCAUGACCUUGCUUUGCAGCGUUCGUUAAAGUUGGCACUUACGAACAGAUGGGGAAGGUGACCAAUGCAAUAAGCUAUAUUUGGCUCAAAUGCCUUUUCUCAAGGUGGGGAAGAGGGUGAGAGGGAGGAGCUGCGAUGCAGACGCAGUGGAUUGAGUCUCGGACUCUGCAGUUAGAAGAGCCAAAGCUUCACAUCCAAGUUGAAUUGCUGGAACUGGAGAAACAGAGAUUUAGGUGGGAGAGCCGGAGAGGUUUAGCAAGAGAAGGGAUCAAGAACUCGAGAGAUUGAGAAUGAUAGGAUGGGACUGGAGUUGAGACAAAGGGAAUUGGGUGUUUAGUUAUAACGGCAUUGGCUUCAAACUCUCUUGAUUGGUAUAUAGCUUAGGUAAAUGAAGAAUUGUUUUGUGCUCGUCUUGUAAGCAUGCUUUUAUUGUAAUGAUCUCGAGACUUUGAUAUGAGAGAUCAUUGUGGUUUCAUUCAGUAAUGAGGGUUUAGAAUGUAGUGAGAUAUAGGAUUGUUUAGUAUAUGCACCUUUCGGUCACUUUCUUCAUAUCAACCUUAAGGCUUGAAGUAAUCAACUGCUUAAGUUGGACGUGGAUCUAGAGAACCUUAGGCAGAAGAGUUAUUACACGGAGUAUGUGAUCUCCAUUCACGCUGAUGGAAUCUUCAGACACUAAGGGUCCCUUUCACGAGGGAAAAGAAGAGAACAUCACCACUUGUGCUGAGGAAUAAAGUCACUGAUUCUUAACUUCAGGUUGCAGGUAAAUACAGCUUCAGAAAAAGAAACACUUACCAUUAAAAGAAAACACAUAACAUGUUAUGAUUAGAGGAACGUCUCUAGAGGUGCAGUAACACAACAAAGUCCAGAUUCGAAUCCCAUUAUUCAAUUAAUGUAGAAAGAAAAGAAAAGUUAUUUUGAUAGAGACUCAAGUUGACAAAUGUUUUUUUUUUAAAAAGAAUUGUCAAAUGGGUUUUUCUUUUCUAUGUUAAAAGGAAGCAAACGUAGAUGUUUGGAAAUUAUAUGGCUUGUAUUACACUGACAUGGUCUUCCCUUGAUCAACAUAAAAGUAGAAAAGUCUUGGCUGUGUAAUUGGAUGAUGGAUUAUUGUAUUAUAGAUUUGGGAAACAAAGUAAAAUAGAAAAAUAUGAAUUGGUCUGCUAAGAAGGUAAACGGAUCAUUUUUAAGAUCACUCUUCUACCUUUUCUUUUUCUUAGAAUAAGCUUCAGAGAGAACUCAAAGAGAAAACAAGUUUGGAGAGAAAGAAACAAAGAAGAUGAAGUUGCAGGAGUAUCUGUUCUUGGUGGCUAUGUUCUGCCUUUCUUGUACGCAACCCAUCAAGUGUCAAACCAAGCUAAAAUGCCCAGAAAAAUGUGGAAAUGUUACACUUGAGUUCCCUUUCGGCACAACUCCAGGUUGUUACCAUGAGGAAGAUCCCAGUUUCAACCUCACAUGUAACGAGCAAGGGCUAUUCUUUAAUGGCUUUCGAGUGGUCAAUAUUUCUCACAGCAGCCAGAUAAGCAUCACGUUUCCUCCAUCCUAUGCUUGCUACAACAAGUCUGGACAUCUUCAAAACGGCGCUGCCUACUAUAACGAUAGGCUCGGAAAUUUAACUCUCUCCGACAACAACACCCUUUUUGCAGUAGGUUGUGACACUUAUGCUUUUGUGACAACUAGUGGAACUCGGAGAAACUCAUUCGGAUGCAUAUCGGUAUGUGAUGAGGAACCACUUGUAACAAAUAGAGAAUGUAAUGGUGAAGGUUGCUGCCAAAACCCUGUCUCUGCAGGGAGCAGUUGGUACAUAGUCAGACCAUAUCGCUUUGUCAACGACACUUCUGAGCGUCCCUAUAGAAGUUCUUGCAUCUACGCCUUUGUCGUUGAAGAUGGGAAGUUUAAGUUUAAUGAUAUUGAAGAUGGAAAGUUUAAGUUAAAUGAUAAAGGAUUGGUAGAUUAUUCUUAUCUUCAGACUAGGAGGUUACCUGUGGUGUUAGAUUGGUCUAUCGGAGGACAGACAUGCAAUCAAGUUGGAAACGCGAGCUUGUGCAGUGUAAACAGUACAUGUUCUAACUCUACUGUCAGAACAGGUUACGUCUGCAAAUGUGAACCAGGUUACUAUGGGAAUCCAUAUCUGAAAGACGGUUGUACAGACAUCGAUGAGUGUACUAGUACUACCUAUGAACAUAACUGUACAGAAAACAGCAACUGUGAGAACACGAACGGAAGCUUCCUGUGUCCUUGCAAAACUGGUUACCACAAAGAUAACUCUGCUAUGAGCUGCCUUCUUACCGAGAUUAACGAGAAGCCUGACUCAGGUUCAGCAGACUAUGAAUGGGCUAAGAUUUUUCUUGGAACAACCAUCGGCUUCUUGUGCAUUCUGCUUGUGGUUACUUUUAUACAGCAGAGAAUGAAGCACAGGAAAAACGCCGAGCUCCGACAACACUUCUUUGAGCAAAACGGUGGCGGCAUGUUGAGACAGCGACUCUCAGGAGCAGGCCCAUCAAAUGUUGAUGUCAAGAUCUUUACUGAGGAAGGCAUGAAGGACGCAACUAGUGAUUAUGACGAUAGCAGAAUCUUGGGCCAGGGAGGCCAAGGAACAGUCUACAAAGGGAUACUGCCAGACAAUUCCAUAGUUGCUAUAAAGAAAGCUCGGCUUGGUGACAGCAGCCAAGUAGAGCAGUUCAUCAACGAAGUGCUUGUGCUUUCACAGAUCAACCAUAGGAACGUGGUCAAGCUCUUGGGCUGCUGUCUUGAGACUGAAAUUCCAUUGCUGGUCUAUGAGUUCAUUAACAGUGGCACCCUUUUCGAUCACUUGCACGGUUCCUUGUUUGAUUCUUCUCUUACAUGGGAACACCGCCUCAGGAUAGCAGUGGAGAUUGCUGGAACUCUUGCUUAUCUUCACUCCUCUGCUUCUAUUCCAAUCAUCCACCGAGAUGUCAAGACUGCUAAUAUCCUCCUUGAUGAAAACUUAACUGCAAAGGUAGCUGACUUUGGUGCUUCAAGGCUGAUACCAAUGGAUAAAGAGCAGCUCACAACUAUGGUGCAGGGCACUCUAGGUUAUCUAGACCCAGAAUACUACAACACAGGGUUGCUAAAUGAAAAGAGCGAUGUUUAUAGCUUUGGAGUAGUCCUCAUGGAACUUCUCACAGGCCAAAAGGCAUUGUGCUUUGAUAGGCCACAGUACUCAAAACAUCUGGUGAGUUACUUUACUUCUGCCACAAAAGAGAAAAGGUUGCACGAGGUUAUUGAUGGGCAAGUGAUGAACGAGAAGAACCAGAGGGAGAUCCAGGAAGCUGCAAGAGUUGCUGUUGAGUGUACAAGGGUGACUGGAGAGGAAAGGCCAAAGAUGAAGGAAGUAGCUGCUGAGCUUGAGGGCUUGAGAGCCACUAAAACCAAACAUCAGUGGUCGGAUAACUAUCCUGAGCCAGAGGAGAAUGAGCACUUGCUCGGUUUAGGGAUCUUAUCAGCACAAGGUGAAACCAGUAGCACUGGCUAUGACAGCAUCAAGAAUGUAGCAAUAUUGGACAUUGAAGCUGGCCGCUGAUUAGGCCACAUUCCCUUGAAACUGAUCAAGUUUCUUCUAUCUUCCUUUUCAUACUAAACAUUUGAAUCUUUGUGCUUGAUAGAUUCUUGAUCCUCAGGUCAUCAAUCAUUAUGUUUAUAACUCUUCAUUGGUAUUGUACACUACACUAUCAGAAUAAUACAUUUGAGCAAUGUCUUUAUGGGUA